AUGGGUGGGAAGCAGGAGGGUGACAACAGGCACCCUGGGCCGCCCCUCAUCGCCGCUGCUCUUCCCCAGGCCUUCACCGAGCUGCAGGCCAAGGUGAUAGACACGCAGCAGAAGGUGAAGCUGGCCGACAUCCAAAUCGAGCAACUGAGCAAGACGAAGAAGCACGCCCACCUCACCGACACGGAGGUCAUGAUGCUGGUGGAUGAGACCCGCAUGUACGAGGGCGUGGGGAGGAUGUUUAUUCUUCAGUCUAAAGGAGUGAUUCACAAUCAGCUUUUAGAAAAACAGAGAGUAGCUGAAGAGAAAAUUAAGGAAUUAGAGCAGAAGAAGUCGUACCUGGAGCGAAGCGUGAAGGAAGCAGAAGACAACAUCCGGGAAAUGCUGAUGGCCCGAAGGGCGCAGUAG